AUGGCCACCCCAGGGAUGCUGUAUGUGACUAUGCAGCCAAAGCCUGGCCUGUCACUCGACCAAUUCCACGAGUGGUACAACAACGAGCAUGGCCCGACGCGUCUUCGCCUGCCCGAGAUUUUCCCCAACGGUCUGCGGUACCAAGCCAUCGACUCAGCCGAACCAGCCUUCUUAGCCAUCUACGAUGUGACUUCCAUGUCGCACUUGACUACCCCGACCUACACAACCCUUAGAGAAAACCGAUCCGCUCGUGAAGCCGAGACUAUCGGCCAGGUCGACGUGUGCCGAUCUUUUUUGGACCUCGUCUUGUCACGAAAAUCUCCCAAUUUUGUCCCUCCCGAGAACCUCACUGACGAGGAGGCUCUUGGGACUCAGCUUGUCUCGGUGUCUAUUACACCGGCAGAUGCUGAGGGCGCCGAGAAAGAGAUACUCAAGUGGUGGGAGGAGGAACACGCCGAGAUGAUCUCCAAGAUCCCAGGUUGGCUGAGAUCCCGCGUAUACCGCACUUCUACCCUCGAAGGUAGCGGCAAGGCCAAACUCGUGGCACUAAACGAAUUCAGCAAAGACAAUGGGCUUGGAGGUCCGGAGCACAAAGCCUCUAAGGAAACCCCUUGGGCCCAGGAAGUCUUUUCCAAGUCUUUCGCUGAUAUGGGAGUGCGAACUUAUUCGUUGUUCUACAUUUUCGGUCCAGCUCCUCGAGACCUCCAUCACCUCUCCCGCCUCCCCGACACCAAGUCCUUCAGCACAGUGGACUCCAAAACAAAGACCAUAACCGGGUCAUCGGCGUCAAUUGACUCGUUCGUCACGACUUCUGACGGUCUUGUCCUACCUUAUCGUCUUGAGGGAAACCCUUCGCCCUCCGCACCGACUGUUGCGUUGUCGAACUCGCUUCUGACUUCAAUGCACAUGUGGGACGCCUUCGUCGCCAUCCUCAAGGCGGAGAGGCCGGACCUCCGCAUUUUGAGAUACGACACGCGCGGCCGGCAUGCUGGCACCCCUGCUACUCCCGCCACUCUGACCAUGCUUGCGGAUGACAUUGACACGUUGCUGACGGCGCUGCGUAUUCCGAAAUUGCAUGCACUCAUCGGCGUGUCAAUGGGAGGCGCGACCACCUUGCAGUUCGUUCUUCUGCACGGCAGUCGAGUUUCCCGCUUCGUGGCCUGCGACUGCAACGCCACCUCGAGCGCAGCAAACACAGCCGCCUGGAAAGAGCGCAUUGCCACAGCCGAGUCAACCUCUGAAGACGGAUCUCCUGGCAUCCGCAAAUUGGCUGGGGUCACAGUAGAACGCUGGUUCCACCCGUCAACCAUGUCCGACAAGAAGGAGCUCGCUCAGGCCAUGACAGACAUGGUGGCGGCCAACGAUGUCGAAGGGUUCAAGUACAGCUGCCAGGCGCUUUGGGACUAUGACCUGAAGGGAAAUCUCGGGGCAUGUCAGGUGCCUGGAAUCCUCGUCGUAGGCGACGGCGACGGCAAGGGCGCGUUGGUCAAAGCCAUGGAUGGUUUCAAGGGCCUUGUUGGAAAGGAAGGCGCAGAGCUCAGAGUCGUGCCCAACACGGGGCACCUGCCCAUGUUUGAAGACGCGGCGGCGUUCUGGGCUAGUAUCAAGAGCUUCGUAUGA